CAUGCUUGAAUAGAGAGUUGGGGUUCUAAGGUAUAUUUCAAAACGGGCCUUUGAAUUGCAUGACUCCGGGCCGUGUGGAGAGUUGACAAUCCUCCAUAUCGUGGUUAAGGAAAUGAAUCGACUCGGCCUUUGAUUGAUUUUUUUAUUCUUAAGUGCGUAAGUUACGUAAUAUAUUGUCUACGUGCAUAUUAUACGUGUAAUGUUCAACUCGUGUUUGUUCUUUUUUUUCAUUUUGUCUCGGGUGCCCUAGUUUCUUAAAAUGAAAGAAAAUGCAGGGAUACCAUAACCUCGACUUGAAUUCUAGCAUAAACAAAUUCAGUUUUCAUUGCAGUUGCUUUGUCCCUUCUGAUUGGUUUCCCACUAAAGUUACCCAAUUAACUCAAUCUAGAGAUGCUCCAAUACUUCACAUCCAGGGUGUAAUCAAAUGUCCUGAGAUUUUCGGGCUUGCGUUCAGGGUCAAGCAUUUGAUCGAGGAGAUGGGUCGCGGCCAAUACCGCACCAACGACAUGAGCUCAAGUAAAUGGUGAGACAUGCAAGCGAAGGUUUCAAAACAUUGCAGUAUUUGGAACGAGGUGAAUAAGUCCCGGAUGAGUGGCCAAAGCGACACACAUGUUAUGAGCGAUUCCUUGGCCCAAUACGCUCGUGAGUGGGGUGCGUUAACGAGUAUCAAGGCAUGGAAACUCAUGCCUGAAUCCAAGAAGUGGCAUACCGUCUCGAAACUUUAAGUCUCAAAAUGGUCUAAGACGUAUUCGUCAACCAAUGUGGGUUUGGGACAUUCCUCCUCUCGAGUCGAAAUAAAUUUGAACAACUCCAAUGAAGCUGAGGAGGAGUACAUCCCUCUUUUGGAACCUCGUUGCCCCCAGACGUAACAACCGAGGAAAACGUUCAACAUUCUCGGAGAGUUGGAAGAGAAGUUGGACGAGAUAUCAACGUACAUGAAAAUGUGUGUUUCUCUCUAACUAGAAAAACAAUACAACAUAGAAAUGUGCAUGUUGUGGACUCCAACGGGUCACUUAACCAGACAU